GUGCUGAGGGCAGGGCUGUCUACGAUGUGGUCUGAAAAAUAAAUAUUUGUAUGGGCCGGGCGGUCAGGCAGUUCUGUGGACAGCUGCGGUGUUGGUUCAGGGGUCCUCGGUCGGUCAGAGUGCAACACUGAAGCGUUAACGUUAGUUAGUUCAGGUUAGAGUAGAGAACUGAGUUCUGUAUAGUGGAGCUCUGUGUGUAGAGCUGUAUAAAUAUAUAUUUUAUAUAGUAAAGUUAUAUAGCGGUAGGAGCGGGAUGUCGGCUCCACUGGACAAGCCGCAAGUUGUCUCCCACAGUCAGAAGAGUCUGAAUUACUCGCUGUUCGACAGUAAAUGGAUUCCCUGCAGCGCGAAGUUCGUGUGUUUGGGAAGUUCCUGCAGAGGAACCGGAUUAAUGCAGAUCUACGAGCUGCAGCACGGAGACAUAAAGCUCGUUAAAGAGACGGAGAAAACCAAGCCCAUAAAAUGUGGGACGUUUGGAGCUUCAUCUCUCCAGCAGAGGCAUUUGGCCACAGGAGACUUUGAUGGAAAUCUACACGUGUGGAAUCUGGAAGCGCCGGAUGUCCCGGUUUACUCGGUGAAAGCCCAUAAGGAGAUAGUGAACGCUGUUGAUGGCGUUGGAGGUUUAGGUAUUGGAGAUGGUGCUCCAGAAAUCGUUACAGGAAGCAGAGACGGUACAGUUAAGGUGUGGGACCCGAGACAAAAGGACACACCUGUGGCAAACAUGGAGCCAGUCGAAGGAGAAACUAAGAGAGAUUGUUGGACAGUUGCUUUUGGUCACGCCUUUAAUGACCAGGACCGCUGUGUGUGUGCUGGUUACGACAAUGGAGACAUCAAGCUGUUUGACCUGCGGAAUAUGUCUGUACGAUGGGAGAAAAACAUUAAAAAUGGCGUGUGCAGUGUUGAAUUUGACAGGAAGGAUAUCCAAAUGAACAAACUGGUGGCAACAUCUUUAGAGGGCAAAUUCCACGUGUUUGACAUGAGAACUGAACACCCAACCAAAGGCUUUGCUUCUGUAUCUGAAAAGGCUCAUAAGUCUACAGUAUGGCAAGUACGGCAUUUGCCUCAAAACCGAGACAUUUUCAUGACAGCAGGUGGAGCAGGAAACCUGCACUUAUGGAAAUAUGAGUAUCCAGCGAAGAGGAGUGAGAUGGAUGGAGAUGGAGAGGAGAGAGGAGUGGCUGGGACACUGAACCUCCUGCAAAAUGUUACGCUGUCCACGCAGCCCAUCUCCAGCCUGGACUGGAGUCCUGAUAAACAGGGUCUGUGUGUGUGUUCUUCCUUCGACCAGUGUGUGCGAGUACUCAUCGUUACCAAGCUGAACAGAGUGUGAGUCCGUGACUCCAAACCUGUAUAUAUUUCUGCUGUAACUGUAUUUUCCACUCAAAUAUGAACUUUUUAAUGAGUAUACUCACAUACUCAAAUACUCUGUUUGGCAGAGCAGUGUCUCUGUGCUGAUGUGCUCUUUAAUCUGUUUAAAUAUAUUAAAUGGUGUUUUAUACAGCA